UGAAUGAAUGAAUGAAUGACACAUAGCCAGGAGGAGGAGCCUAGAACAAAUAAAGACGCUAAGAACAGGAAAUUAGGACCGAAUCCUUUCGUGCGAGGUCUGAAAUUGCUGGGAGGAAAAAUGUCCUGUUGGUUCAGAAAAGAGACACUGGCAGUGGCAGAAGAUUACAUUGACUUCUGCUUGGGGAUCCAACGGACACCUCCCAGCGAACAGGCCAGGGCCAUGAGACACCUGGCGAAGAAAAUGGAGCGGCAGUAUCAGCUGAAAUUCCGGGCACUCUCCAAGACAUUCCUGAGCACCUGUGGGCCUGACUGCAGUGCUGGUUUAAAGAAGGUGAUAGGAGAGAUGGUGGAAGAUGGAAAAUUCAACUGGGGAAGAGUGGUGUCUCUGUUUGCCUUUACUGGGGUGCUGGUGAGUGACCUCUACUCCGGAGGUGAGAGCAGAGACUGCUGCAGGAGGCUAGCAGAGACCAUAGCUGACUACCUUGGAGAGGAAAAACAAGCAUGGCUGCAGGAAAAUGAUGGCUGGGAGGGGUUCAGAAAGUUUUCCCACUGUGCUGCAGAGCUGAACCAGGAAUCCUCAAUGAAGACAGCGCUGUUUGCAGCUGCUAGUGUGGGCAUUGCAGGACUAACUUUUCUGCUUGUACGCUAGGUCAGUUUUUCCCUUCUUCAAGGCAAUGCUUGGUCACUGCCAUGAGACUGGAGGUUGGGAGGUUUUGCAUUAGUUUACAAUGCAUGGAUGCACCCUACAUUCAGGUAUUGGACCCUGACCAUCACUGGCCAGCAGUCUUGCAGGGUGGCGCAUAAUUGGCCAUAGCGUCACCCAGGGUCUGCAGUCUUCUUGCACCUACUGUGCACCUACUGUGCAUGAACUCCAACAAAAUGACUGCACAGGUCAGCUUGUGGGCUGCAGAUUAAAGAGGGAAAAGUUGGCAGCAGGUGUUUGGAAGGAGAUUACUCUCUUGUUCUGACACCGACUAUGAUUUGACAUUCCAAAUUGGGAGCAGGGGAUUAAAAAUUGGUUCCAAAAAAGGUUUGGUCAGUAACACCAAUGUUAAUGGAAACACAAUUUUAAAGUGUAAGAGAAAAAACAAUAAUAUAUUAUUUACAUUAAAUAAAAAUGUAAACAAGCCAAUUCUUGUGUUUUGGGUUACAGAAUUCAUUGCAUCAUGUUUUUUCCACAGGUUUGAUCUUUCUCACUCAAUUUAGCUUUUCUGUGCGUUUUUCUGUUGAAGGUGCUAGCUUAAAUUAAAAAUCAAACAUUUGUGUUCAACUGCUCAAGUCUAUCAUAACCACUGAAGUUGUAAAAAUGUUUAUUUUUCUCUAUGAAGCAGUUUAUUAAGCAAUUCCUGAAAUACAUUUUGCUAUUUAUUUAUUAAACCUUUAAUAAAAAAAAACUAACUACUA